AUGUCUGAGCUACCGAAACAACCAUGGACCGAGCUGAGUAUAGACUUUGGCCUGGCACCUACUGGUUCUAAUGAGUACAUACUAGUCCUUAUCGACAACUAUUCAAGAUUUCCAAUCGUUGAAUUGGUACGAUCAACGUCUUCCAACGCUGUCAUACCUUGUCUGGAUAAGAUGUUUUCUGAAUAUGGAAUACCUGAAGUACUGCGAUCAGAUAAUGGUCCUCCAUUUAACAGUCGCGAGUUUAACAAGUUUGCGAAGCAUUUGGGUUUCACUCACAGAAAAGUUACCCCUUACUGGCCCCGGGCUAACGGUGAAGUGGAGAGGUUCAUGCGCACCGUGAAGAAGGUGAUAAAGGAAAACAAAGUUUGGAAGAAGCAAGAAAUGUACAAAUUUUUACGAAACUACAGAGCUACUCCUCACGUCAACCAAAACCCCACCAGCCACUGCACUGUUUGGCCGUCCAAUGAAAACUCGUUUGCCACAAAUAGGAAAAAAGUCCAACUCACAGGAUGA